GCAGUGUUGGGGCGUGUGGCAACUUGCUGUGGCGGGGACUGCAAGAGCUAUAAAGAGAGUCUCCGUUCGCCUUCUUGUACCACACUUGCUUUUCACCGCCAGACGUCGGCAAGAUGAUCCGCUUUGUGGCGCUACUGGCGACCCUCGGGUUAGCCCUGGGCGGCCCCUCCCCUGACCUCCCCGCGACAGGCUAUGGUGCACCUCCACCCCCAAGCUAUGGCCCUCCCCCAGCUCCCACUUACGGCCCACCACCCUCCCAGUGCUACCCACAGAUCAAAUACGUCACUCAGUACCAGACGAAGGUUGAGCAGGUGCCGGUUCACAAGACAGUGUACAAGACCCAGCUGGUGCCCACGACCCUCUACAAGACCCACCUGCAGACUCAGCUCAUCACCAAGUACGAGCGCCAGUAUGUGCCUAAGUACGUCACCACCACCUACGAGCAAACCCGAGUCGUGCACAAGACCCAGUACGUGCCGGACAUCAGGACCCAGUACGUGACCGAGUACAUGACGGACACCAAGUACAGCAGCGUUUACCUCACCAAGACCUCCUACGUCACCCAGAUAGUCACCACGACGCAGGUUCGCUACUCUACACAGGUGGAGUACACACCACAUUACAUCACCACCACUCAGCACGUCACCAAGCUGGCAUACUCCACCCAGCUGAUCCCACAGUACACCACAGUUGUCAAGCACCAGCAGCGUUACAUCACCCACUGCCCAGAGCCUACCUACGGUCCCCCACCAACCUCCUAUGGCCCUCCUGAGCCUAUCUACAGUCCCCCUGAGCCUAUCUACAGUCCCCCUGAACCUAUCUACAGUCCCCCUGAGCCUAUCUACAAAGCCCCUGAACCAACCUAUGAACCUCCAGCGCCCAUUUAUCACGCCCCCGAGCCACCUGCGCCAUCUUACCAGGCACCGGCGCCCACCUAUGGAGCCCCUACCCCUACUCCGUCUUUUGGGUACUAAGCGCCCUCCCCCACAACGCUGCUCUUCAGAGACAAGUCAGAUAUUAGUUGUAGAGAAAUGAUCCACGAUUUAGUUUUUUUUUUAUAUUGUUUCUCCAGUUUCCCUAGCGUUAAGUCCUCUGUGUGUUAUAGAUAUAGGUCUAUUGUCCGCAACAGAGACGACGUAAGUUGCAUGUAUAAUAUCAUUCUUAUUAACUGCAUGGUUUUAACUCUCAUUGUGUGUGUGUGUGUGUGUGUGUGUGUGUGUGUGAAAGACAGAGCACUAAGAUUUCAAAGUCAGGGAGGUAAAUUUUUCAUUUUUUUUCCACGUUCUUCAACAUGCAACAUUCACCUGAGCGUGGGCGAGUCUAUCUUCUCACUGUUACUUAAGUGUACUAUUUCCUUUCCCUUUCUCUGAGCUCUCGACACUGACUCGAGGCUCCGGAACUGAAGUCACUCAUGGGUGUCGUUGUUUCAGGUUCGAUGAUUUCAUUUAUGUAUCUAUCUGUUUAUUCAUUUGUUUCUUCUUCUUCUUAUUAUUAUUAUUACUAUUAUUAUUAUUUUUAUUAUUAUUAUUAUUAUUAUCAUUAUCAUCAUUAUAAGACUAUGUGCCAAGCCUAGCAUAUGAAGAGAGAACCAUAAGUAAAGGAAUAGAUAAGUAUGAACUCGAAUAACGAAAUAACGUACAAUCAAAGUGAAAGUCUCUUCUGCUUCCUUCUUGUUAGCUACACAAUAAAAUGUGCCCGAGUGAGGUGUUCCCAGCAUCCAUCCAGCUUCGUUCCCUUCAGCAGCCUUUUGUGAGAGCCAUGCAUUUCAAGCCCCAGGUUCAAAUCAAGCAUUGUUGGCAUCCAAUCCUAUUAAUAGUGUAUAAUUUUGUUGGUCUUGUAUUCCUUUCUUUUGUUUUAAAUCUAAUUCUUUUCACUGUAAUUUUAAAUAUUGUAUUGUUCGCACUUGAACCUAGUGAUAGGGUUACGUGAAUUAUUUUUUUAACGUAAUUUUUUUUUCUCUUCUUCUUUACCUUGACUUGUUUUUUUUUUCAUUUUUUCUUUAUAAUUUGCCGUUGUCCAUUAUUUAAGAGCGCCCCUCCCAGUCUUCACGAGGCGGAGGUACGAGUAUGUGUAUCUAACAUUUGCAUAAGUGUCAUUGUUGUAGUGUAUCAUUUUACCACUUUGUUUUCACUUGUUUUUACAACACUAAUAAAGCCAUG